AUGAAGAGGGGAGUGUCUCGAAGCAGCCGUGUUGCGCGUGGCGUGAAGGGCACCAGUGCCACUGCUCAGUGCCUCCGUGCUACUGCCGUCGCGCAGCGUUCCGCCUCUACUCUGUCUUCCACCUCGAGGCGCAGCGCUUCGCCUCUCUUCUCUGGUCCCGUGGCCCGCUCCACCGCUACCGUCCAGCAGUUCGGCGUUCGCUCGUAUGCCACUCUGCCGGCGCACGAGGUGCUGGGCCUGCCGGCUCUCUCGCCCACCAUGACCCAGGGCAACCUCGCCAAGUGGCUGAAGAAGGAGGGCGACAAGAUCCAGCCCGGCGAUCUCAUCGCCUCCAUCGAGACCGACAAGGCCACCGUCGAUUGGGAGGCCACCGAGGCCGGCUACCUAGCCAAGAUCCUCAUCCCCGAGGGCUCCAAGGACGUAACCGUCGGCAAGCCUGCCGUGGUGACCGUGGAGGAAGAGGAGGACGUGGCCAAGUUCAAGGACUUCAGCCCCGAGGGCGGUGAUGCUGCCGCGCCUGCCGCCCCCAAGGAGGAGGCCCCCGCCGCGCCCAAGGCUGCCCCCGCCGCCCCCGAGCAGCCCAAGGCCGCCGCCCCCGCCGCGCCCAAGGCUGCCCCCGCUCCCCAGGCCGCUCCUGCUGGCGGACGGGUGUUCGCAAGCCCUCUCGCCCGCAAGGUGGCCCAGGAACAGGGCGUCGAUGUCGCCGCCGUUCAUGGAACCGGCUCCAAUAACCGCGUUAUUCGCGCUGACGUUCUCGAUUAUGCCGCCAAGGGUCCGGCUUUCGUGCCCGCCGCCACCUCGGUGCCCACGCCCGCUCCCGGCGGCCUGUUCACCGACAUCCCCAACACACAGAUCCGCAAGGUCAUUGCCGCUCGUCUUACCGAGUCGAAGCAGACCGUGCCUCACUACUACCUGAGCAUCGAGUGCCGCAUGGACAAGCUCCUCAAGGUGCGCCAGGAGCUGAACGCCAAGGGCGAGGGCGCGUACAAGCUCUCCGUCAACGACUUCAUCAUCAAGGCCGCUGCCCUGGCCCUCCAGAAGAAGCCCACCUGCAACAGCGCCUGGUUCGGCGACUACAUCAGGCGGUACCACAACGUGGACAUCAACGUGGCCGUGAGCACCGACGAGGGCCUGUUCACGCCCAUCGUGCAGGAUGCCGACAAAAAGGGUCUGGCCACCAUCGCCAACACGGUCAAGGACCUCGCCAACAAGGCCAAGGAGAAGAAGCUCCAGCCCCACGAGUUCCAGGGCGGUACCUUCACCAUCUCCAACCUCGGCAUGUUCGGCGUGAAGCAGUUCGCCGCCUCGUGCAUCCUCGCCGUGGGCGGUACCGAGAAGAAGGUGGUGCCCAACGAGGACAAGGAGACCUCGGCCGCGCAGCCCUACGCCACUGCCCACGUGAUGACCGUCACGCUCAGCUGCGACCACCGCGUGGUGGAUGGCGCCGUCGGUGCCGAGUGGCUCAAGACCUUCAAGGAGCUCGUCGAGGACCCUGUCAAGAUGCUCCUCUAA